AUGGAUGACUCGGAGAACAACAACGAUACUGAGAAGCCCAAUGCUACGAAGAAGCACGACAGGGACAAGCAACACGAUGCAGACAAGCAACAUGAGGACACAAUACACGAUGCCACCAACCAGGCCGCCCCAGGACGUCCUCAAAGCUCCCACUCGCCGACGUCGACAACUUCCCCGAACUCCACAAAGAGGGUUAUCAGUAGCGGGUCUGAUUCCUCGGGAAGCAGCAAUGACUCGCUAUACGACCACUCUAUCCAAGUCCCGCAAGGAUCGUUAGAGCACCUUGAGAUGCGCGCAAGUCUAAACGCCGCGAUGCGUGUUCUCGGCCGAACCCGGACUCGGGAUGCAAUGGUCACUUACAGUAUUGGCAUCGUGGACUUCAUGGAAAGGGAAGAUGGGUACAAAAAGAGUACAGCCGGAGACCUGAAGGUCUAUGGUCCCGAAAUGCACGAUACCAUCAGCAAGUGGCUCGACCACUUGAGUACCCUUUUCGAAAGAAUGUGCGCGCUUAAGAUACGCAUGGCAGAGUACAAGAGGUCACAUACCCAACAGUGGCAAUCUAAGCUGGAAAGGCUUGAGGGGGACGUUCUGGAGGCUCAAAAGAGCAAUGAUUCAACGGUGGUUGCUGCGGCUGAGUUUGACCUCCAGGAGUAUCGCAGAAGUUACCAGGAGAUGGGAAAGUUCACCAAAAACUACGAGAUACAUUAUGAGCGCUGUGUUUUCCAGCUAGCGGCAACUCUUGCGCAUGAGUGCUUCCACGUACUUACUGGGUUUUGGACCGGAUUUGUCCAGGUGAUUACCCCUCCCAAAUUCUCCGGACCAAAUCGAUACAACGAUGAAGGCGAGGCUGGCGAAUGGUGGGCGUACAAGCACGGGUUCAAUGGAUCAGUUGAACUAGUCUGGAACACGAGUGGUAAAGGCAAGGACGACCCCUACCCAUUGGACGACGAGAACAUGUCAGCAGGUGUCCCUUUCCUCAAGCAGACGCGUUACAGGGACGAUGGAACACCCGAUGGAGAGGAAUGGACGCAAAUUUCGCACACGUUUAUCAAAGAUUUCAUCAAGAAAGGCAAGUCUGCAUAUGUUUAUUCUGUGAUUGAUUUUCAGUGCACCAUCUCCGUGAUGGAGCAAGAUUGA